UAAGAGGAUUGUUACAUUUCGACCCAGCGCAAGUCUUAGACUUCAGGGCAAUACGGUCACUCCAAAACCAAUUACUUUCUCUCAGUUAGCAGGAGUUAUCAAAACCCAUUACAGCAUGGGUUGGGCAACCAGAACUUGACUUUUACGGCUUUGGAGAAGUUGCCAGUUUCUCCCCCAGCUUUGUAUGUGACGGCUGACGACGCGAGCUCUCCUCCCACUAGAGCUGAUGGUGUCUUUACUUUUAAGUUUCAGGCUUCAUUACUGAUCCACAUCUCUAAAAGAAAGCUCCACUUCACCCGGCUCCUUCGCGAAAUGUCUGUCAAAUUUCUUUUCGUUAUAUUCGGUGGGAUUGUUCUAAUUUUGGUGGAUAAUGCAAGAAUGUUACCAAGAGUUAAAAGACAAAGCUUAAAGGUCCGGAUUACUGCUAAGGAUGACACUAUUAUAUUACAGUACCUUAGCUCCAACCCUGACAUCAGACUUCAAGGCUACAUUAUUGGACACGGUGGUCGAAACAUCAAGCAGAACCUCACAUUGCCUAACAAUGGAGAUCCAUUUGAGGUUGAUGUUGAGUUCUACCCUAAAUAUCUCAUAGCAGUUCAUCCUGUGGCUGAACAGAGCAAAGCAGCCUUGAAGAAAAAGUGCAAAGGUAAUCUAAAUCACCAAAAGCCUCCACAGAUAACAAUAUCUACUCGAACUGCUACGUCUGUCUUUCUCACAUGGACAAAUGGUAUCAAAGGAAAUGUUUAUAAACAUGGAGGUCAUAAUUGUGGAGAUGAAAGGCACUAUACAGUUCGGUACAGAGAAAAAGAAGGAGAUGAGAAUUGGCUGUAUCAAUGCUGUCCAACGAGUGAAACAACAAUAGACAACCUUAAACCGAAUACUGUUUAUGAAUUUGGGGUACGGGUUAGCAAAGCAAAAGAAGAGCAAGAGGGUACUUGGAGUGAACCCACCAACUACGUUACUGCUGUGACUUCCUCACCAAAAAGCACCGAAAAAGACCAAACUCAAAAGAUAUCAAAGAAACUUGCCAUAAACUUCAACAGUGAAACUCUCAAGAACACAAGGAAACCUGAGCUACCAGGUAAAACUAAUAUUAUAGGAAUAAAAGGCAAAAAGGGUCCAGCUGCAUCCUAUCCAGCACAAAAUGGAACAAAUUGGAUACGAUUCCCCAAAAAGCCGACUGUUAAUACGCAAGUGGUCUUAGGUGGCCAGUCAGCUUCCGACAGUGCACAUGACCAUUCUACUAGUAGGUCAUCACCAAAAACUAACUUACCAAGUAAACCAGACAGAGCUUCUGAUCAGUUGCAUGGCAAGGAAGAAAUAAAUAAAUUAAAAAGUAAAGGGACUUCCAACACUGUUACUAAACCAUCAUUGAAAAGUGGCAAGAUGAGGAACGCAAAAGAAAAAUCAAAAGUGAAGCCACUGACAACAAAAGCAUCCAAGCUGCCAUCAUCUGUCAGCCCGUCCUUCCCAUCAAAACCUGUGCCUAAAUCUGGUCCAGCAGAAAUUCAGAAACCAGUUUUCCUCACUCCAAGCCCCCCUUCUCAACUUGAUACCACGGAUAAGCAGCAAUCUACAGAACCUGUGACAACACCACCUUCUACCACUUUGCCAUUCACUGUAUUAAGUACAACUUCUGGUCAUACUGCUGUGGACAAGCAGCAUCUCCCAGGCACGACAUCUGCUUUAGAUCCUGUGGAAACCCAGAAGUUCUCAGGUAAACCUGAGAAACCAUCAUCCAGCCAUGGACCUUUCCAUUCAACAUCAGAUUUUGAUGCCGUGAAUAAUCAGGAAUUCACAGAACCCGAAGUUCCUUCCGCUACUAGUUCACUUUCAUCCAUUUCAAAUUUGGCUUCCAAACUUGGUGUCACGGACUUGGACCGGUUCAAAGAACAUGAGGAACCAUCCUCCAAAGACUCAUUUUCACACACUACUUCCGAACCUGAAACAAUGGAUAACCAACAGUUCCCAGAAUAUGGGGUAUUAUCCUCCAUCAUUUCAAAUAUUAUCACUUUACGUACGACUUCUGCACCUGAUGCCGUGGACAACCAAGAAUUCACAGAACCUGAGAUUCACCUCAUUGUCGAUUCAUCACCUACCACGUCAAAAAAAUAUUAUGAAUUUGAUUCUACACAAAGGAAGCAGAUUUCAGUUCCAGAAUUUGAGGCACCAUUCUCCAGCAAUACACCUGUCAGCAAUUUAAAAACAACUCCACUUGAUGUCAUGGACACAAAACAAUCCAAAGACCAUCACGUGCCAACCCCUGACAUUCCUAAUGUCUUCAAUUUAAUCUCAGAUCAUAAACUGCCGAUCACUGACACCCCUAAUGUAUUCAAACCAAUCUUAGAAUCUGAGUCUGCAGAGAUAGCAGAGAAAGGACUGACAGCAGACCAUGAGGUGCCCACCUCUCUCAAUGUGUUCACUUUAAUCUCAGAUCGUGAGCUGCCAAUCACUGACUCCCCAUAUAUGCUCAAUUCAGUCUCAGAAUCUGACCCUGCUCAGAUAAGAGAGGAUGAAUUUACAGACCAAAAGAUGCGAAUCACUAACACUGGCGAUAUACUUAGUCCACUCUCACACUACGAGCUGCCAGUCACUGACUCUCCGCAUGUCAUCCGACCAAUCCCCGAACCUGCUAUGAUAGGGAAGGAUGAAUUUGCAGACCAACAUGUGCCAACUCCUGACACUCCUAAUGUCAUCAGUUUAAUCUCUGAACGUAAACUGCUGGUCACUGACACCCCUAAUAUAUUCAAACCAAUCCUAGAAUCUGAGCCUGCAGAGACAGCUGAGAAAGAAGUAACAGCAGACCGUGAGGUGUCAACCUCUGAUACUCGCAAUGUGUUCAGUUCAGUCACAGAUUAUGAGGUACAAGUCACUGAUUCUCCACAUUUCAUCAAUUCAAUCCCAGAAUCUGAGCCAACUAAGAUAGGGAAGGAUGAACUUACAGACCAUCAUCUGCCAACUCCUGACACCCCUAAUGUCUUCAGUUUAAUCUCAGAGUAUAAACCGUUCGUCACUGAUACCCCUAAUAUAUUCAAUCCAACUCUACAUUCUGAACCUGCAAGGACAACGCGGAAAGAAGGAACAGGAGACCAUGAGGUACCAACCUCUGACACGUAUUAUGAGUUCAGUUCAAUCUCAGACUAUGAGCUACCAGUCACUGACUCUCCCCGUGUGCUCCAUCCAGUACCAGGACCUGAACCUGCAAAGAUAGGGAAGGAUCGAUUAACAGACCAUCAUGUGCCAACUCGUGAUGCUCCUAGUGUCUUCAGUUUAGCCUCAGAAUAUAAUCCACCUGUUACUGGUAUCUUGAAUGUAUUCAAACCAAUCCUACAGUCUGAAUCUGCAGAGAUAGCAGAGAAAGAACUGACAGCAGCCCAUGAGGUGCAAACUUCUGACAUUCGCAAUGUGGCUAGUUCAAACUCAGACAAUGAUCUGCUGGUCACUGAUUCUCCCUAUGUGUUCCAUCCAGUCUCAGGAUCUGACCCUGCAAAGAUGAGGAAGGAUAAAUUUACAGACUAUUAUGUGCCAACGCAUAGUGUCUUCAAUUUAAUCUCAGAAUAUAAAGUGCCGAUCACUGAUACUCCUAAUGUAUUCAAACCAAUCCUAGAGCCUGAACGUGCAGAGAUAGCGGAGAAAGAAGUGACAGCAGACCACGAGGUGCCAACCUCUAACAAUCGUAAUGUAGUCAGUUCAAAAUCAGACCAUGAGCUGCCCGUCACUGACCUUCCAAAUGUGCUCCAUCUGCUCCCAGGAUCUGACCCUGCUAAAAUAGGGAAGGAAGAAUUUACAGACCAUCAUUUGCCAACUCGUGAUUCUCCUAGUGUCUUCAGUUUAAUCUCAGAAUAUAAACAGCUGGUCACUGACACUCCUAAUGUAUUCAAACCAGUCAUAGAAUUUGAACCUACAGAGAUAGCGAAGAAAGAAGUGACAGACUAUGAGGUACCAAUCUCUGACACUCUUGGUGCGGUCAGUUCAGAAUCAGACUAUGAGCUGCCAGUCACUGACUCUCCCUAUGUGCUCCAUCCAGUCCCAGGAUCUGAACCUGCUAAAAUAGGGAAGGAAGAAUUAACAGACCAGCAUGUCCCCGCUCCUGCCACUCCCAGUGUCUUCAGUUUAAUCACCGAACAUAAACUGCCGGUCACUGAUUCCCCUAAUAUAUUCAAACCAGUUGUAGAAUCUGAAACAGCAGAGAUAGUGGAGAAAGAAGAGACAGCAGAUCAUGAGGUGACAACUUCUGACACCCAGGAUCAAUUCAGUUUUAUCUCAGGCACUGAGAUGCUGAUCACUGACUCUCCUAAUGUGUUGAGUCCAAACCCAGAUUCUGAAUCUGCUAACAUCGAAGAGAAAGAAAUUACAGAAUCUGAACUGCCAGUCACUGACACCCCUAAUGUAUUCAAACCAGUCUUAGAAUAUGGGCCUGCAGAGAUAGCAGAGAAAGAAGGUACAGAUCAUGAGGUGCUAACCUCUGACUCUCCAAGUAUGUUCAGGUCAGUCUCAGAUUAUGACCUAUCAAUCACUGGCUCUCCGUAUGUGUUGAAUCCUAUCGCACAACCUGAAACUGCUAAAAUAGGAAAGGAUAAAAUUACAGAUCACAAAGUGCCAACUUCAGACACUCCUAAUGUGUUCAGUUCAAUCUCAGAAUCUGAACGUGCUAAGAUAGGAAAGAAAGAAGUUACAGCAGACCAUGUGGUGGCAACCUCUCACACUCGUUAUACAUUCAGUUCAAUCUCAGACAAUGAACUGCCAGUCACUGACAACCCUGAUGUAUUCAAUCCAAUCCCAGAAUCUGAACCUGCUAAAAUAGGAAUGACUGAAGACUAUGGGGUCUCAACAUCUCGCACUGCAGUUGUGCCAAGUCCAAGCCCUGUACAUGAGACAGGAGAAAAAGAAUUAACAGACAAUAAACUGACACACCCUGAUACUUCUCAUGCAUUCAUUCCAACUCUUGGUCACAUUGAAGACAAAGAAAUCACAGCCCAUGUUUCGCCAAAGUCUGAUACUCCCCGCAAGUUUAGUUCAACUCCAGUAUCUGAGCUCGAUAAUAAAAAGGAUGAGAAGUUCACAGAGCAUGAACUGCCAAUGCCUGGCACUCCAGAUGUUUUCAUUCAAACUCAAGAAUCCGUACUUGAUAAGAUAGAGGACAAGGAUUUAACAGAAUAUUUGUUUCCAACUUCUGACAUUCCACAUGGGCACAGUUCAACCUCUGCUCAACCUCCAUUUGAUAGCAGUGGAAAAGUGCUCACAGAAUCUGAUCCUCCAUCAGAGAGAUCCCCCGUUAUCACCACAAAGCGUGUGCAGAAACCUGAUACCAAGCAGAAGUUUACAGAACCUGGGACACAGUCACCUGGUGGUCACUUAUCUUCCACAUUUCCUGGCAGUACUCAGGAAAGUUCGCCUGUCUUCAGAUCCACCCCAGUAUCUAAUAUUGAUGGCCAGGGGAAAGAAAGAUUUAGAGGUCCUUAUGUGAAAUAUAUGACAAAGCCAGACAUGCCCUGCUCCAUUACUGAAUCACUGAAGCAUUUUCCCCAAGAAAACAUAACAAAUAAUAAAGCUGCAGCUCCUCCUCGAUAUGCUCCUUCAAACCUGACACUUGUGACUGUUGAAGGCUGCCCAACCUUUCUCAUAGUAGACUGGGAGAGUAAUGAAAAUGACACUGCUAGUGAGUAUGAAGUUGUUUCAACAAUGCAAGGAUCAGACAACAAAACGGAAGAACUUAUUACUAUCACCAAUCAAACACAUGCUGCAGUGGAAAACCUUAAACCAAAUACAAGCUACACAUUCUCAGUGACACCCACAAACAUACAUGGCAGAGGUCCAUCCAGUGAACCACUUCCUUUUGUUACAGAAUCCGCGGACCCCAGUGUAAGUGAAUAUAUACCAGGGAAGGAUGCCAUCUGGACUCAGUACUCCUUUAAAUUUGAUUCAUAUUCAGAGUGUCAAGGCAAGAGAUUUGUCAAACGUACCCGGUACCGGAAAUUUGUUGGUAUUAUUCUGUGUAAUUCACUGAGAUACAAGAUUUACCUCAGUAAUUCCCUAUCAGGUAUUUUCUACAACAUAGGAGAUUUAUCUGGGCAUGGGGAGGAUCACUGUCAAUUUGUGGACUCAUUCCUGGAUGGUAGAACAGGGGAACAUCUCCUUCCUGAACAAUUGCCAAUCAGACAAGGUUUUUACCGAAGUGUUCGCCAGGAGCCGGUUAUGUUUGGUACAAUAGGUGGACGAACACACAUCAAUUAUGUCCAUUGGUACGAGUGCGGUAUAGCCAUUCCUGGGCAAUGGUGAAUUUAACAAGUGCCUUACGAAAAAUCAAAGGAACUGAAUCAUUUUAUAUUCCACCAAUAUUGUUCCUUAUAUUCAGUGUAAGAUUUAAAUAGACCAUGUAGUGUACAGGAUGUUUUUUCUUUACUUUAAAGAAGCCAUAUAGAAGUCUUUACGUAAUGUGGUACAGGGUCAAUUGUACCCAUUCCAAGGCACAUAAUGGUAAUUAUUCCACAACCUAAAAGGCUUUAGAACAAUGUGAUCACCAAACUGGGCAGUAAAAAAUAAUAUUGAGUAUUUCUAGCAAUUUUCUGACCAACUUGCGCUUAUUUUUGUCAUCUGACAUUGUUUUAUAUAAGUGCUGCUUUCAGAAGAUGCACUAGUGACCAUUUAAAAAUUUGUGAGAACAUCUAAAUGUGUAAAGAUUAAGUUAGUGCUCACUACUCAAGCGUGGUGUAAAUAAAUGGUAGUACUGCCUAGUUUGUAACCAUUAACAAGUCUGUCUUUGGCUAUAACUUUGGUUUAAAAAGUCCUAUAAAAUGUGUUUUAUUUAUCAAAACAUGCAUCCAAAUUUUUUUUUAAAACACAGGUUUUGAUAUUGGGAAGCUGGCUCCCUAUGCCCUCAGUUCUGAAUAUAUUAGUUUAAAUGUUAUUUAUCAGGAAUGUAUUUAAAAACACAGAACAUAAAUUGUAACUUCUAUUCACAAAGUAUAGAAGGGUUUUUUUUAUUUAGAUUUGCUGAACAAUGAGCUUCAGCAACAAAGGAGCAAUUUCUCUUGCUGGGUAUCCUUAAGCAGCCUGUAAUAUUACAAACUGCGCCCAAAAUGAAAUUGUGUAGUGCAACUACGUAUAUGCCUUGUUUUUGUCCAAAAGUGUACUGAAAGUAUCUGUGGACAAAAAAAAACUCUUGAUUCUGUUUGUUAAGUUGAUCAUACAUUACUUUAUUCAGUACUGAACUAAGCUAAAUAUUUACAGCCAAGAUAUUGUAACAUUCAAAAUGUUUAAAAUGUCAACUUUUUUGGUUAGUGCAUGUAAAUAUCCAUGUGAUGGUGAGCAUACAAGACCAUACAUCCACAAAUACCCCUACAAGUAACUGCAUCUGUAUUAUAUUCAACUAACAAACAUCCAUACACACACACACUUAAGGAUGCUUGCAUUUAUUGUUGUUACAAUUUUUUCAGUAUUUGAUGUUCUUUUGCCUUUCAUCUUGCCACAAAUGGAUCGUAUAAGUAACUCUCACAUGUGCAAUUUCCCCAAAAUGGCAUUGCUAACGUAAAUAUAGUUCCAGAUACAUGGCUACAAGUAAUAUCUUUAGAUGGUUAGUAGUAUUAUUAGAGCAGAUUUUGGUAAAUUUCACAAUGCUCACUUAUCUGCACGUGCUCAUGUAGACUGUACCAAAUAUCUGUGCAUGACCAGACAAGGACACUAAUUUCACACUAAUUUCUAAACACCUAAUUGGAUGCAGUAAUUCACCAGUGUCAGAACAAGCACAAAACUGUAUCUACCAACUGUCUGUACACCUGAUUUCAAAUGCUCAGUCAUCAGUAUUCUGCAUGCUUCCUUAUGUUACCUACAUCCAUGCACGUAACAAGGUUUAUAUCUAAUACCACAUCUAGCAACUAAACACAAUAGACAUGACAGACUACACCAAUGCUCACGUGCCCUAACACACAUCUGCUCAUAAUGUACUAAGUCAAAUGAGCACCUCCCUGUGCAAGUACAGAGAUUGCCAAACGCUAGCCACAUUAGAGAAACUAGACUACCCAAAUAAUUUUAUGCAGAAACGCUCAUUUUAUUCAGUCCAUACGGAAAUCUCAUCACAGCAACUGAUCAAGCAGUCAUUCAGGCAUGGACAUGCUCAACUAGCAAGUUGGUCUGUCCUCAGCUGAGAUCUCUAGCACCAUUCUUAGACAGUUACCAACUCUCUGAUAACAAUGUGGAGAUGUUGAAAACACCUAUAACUGAAAUAUGCAACCAAACCUUCAGCCACACAAAAGGUUCAAAUGCUCAUAGACAUUUAGCUUUGUUGGUGUAACAAAAUAUUCAAUACUUGUGGAGGUUGUUGCCUAAUAUUCUUACCACAAAUGGAUAUUAUAGAAUAGUAAUGCAUACUAAUAUAUACUUUUUCUCCCUUGUGACAUUGCUAGUAACAUGAGUUUAGGUCUGAAAGAUGGCUGCAGUUAGUAUUUAGAUUGUCAGCAGCUUUACUUGAGCAGAGUUUUUGAUAAAUUUUGCAAGGCUGCCCAUAGUGGUCAUUUAUGCUGUCAUACUCUUGAGAAUAAAGACAUAAGUAAAUAAAGUUUAAUGCCAACCUUCA